GAUUUUGUUUCCUCUUAUUAGUCCACAUAUUGCUCGAGUUUGUAUGAACACUGCAUAGCUACUCGGCACACAAUGCAUAUUUAUUCUCAAGUCUUGGAGAAGCUUGCCCCACACAUUCAACAGGUCAGCAUGGAAAGUAAUGGAAAGGGAGUUUUGAUUGAUGGGGUACCUCUACCAUUUGAAGCUGGUGAGGUAGGGAGCAAUCAUGAUGAUUCCAUUGUUGAUUUUAUCAGAGGAAACAUGAAUUCAGAGGAAGCUGCACAAAUUCCGAGAAGAACUACAAGGUCUUUAGCUUCAUCUUCUACACAAAAUUUUGCUUCAUCUUUAGUUAAAUUUUUUUUGUUUUCUAUUUCUUUCUGGUCUUUAGUUUUAUCCUAUAUUAUUAUUAGUUAACUGGUUUCAAUUUCAUUCCUUGGGUUUGAGUUUCUUCUCCAAAAUCCCUGGUUGAAUCAUGGAUAAGAGCAUGUUAGCUAGUUUGGAAUCACUUCUAGAAGCUGAUCAGCAAAGAAUGGCAUCCAUGAUGGAAUAGGUUUAAAUUUGUGACAGGUACCUCCUCUUCACUCUAUCUGUUAACUAAUUCCAUGUGUUUUGAUUUGAGCUUCAUGUUCC